AUGCUUAAACUACGUGAUAAUGAAGGUGAACAAUAUCUACAUUUAUCAUUAACACCAGAUAAACAAUUAGAUCAAUCAAAUCUUGUUAAUUAUUCAUAUCCACAAUUAUUAGGAGAAAUUCCAACAAGAUUACCAUAUCAAGUGGAAAAAUGUUUAUGUGAAUAUUAUGUAUUACCUCAAGGUUCAUUUCUUAAACGUCAAAUUCGUAAAUUACUUAUGUAUAUAUGUGGUUCACGUGAUAAAUAUCAAAAUUUUUCAUUAAAUAAUAAUGAACAAUGUAAAACAAUAUCAACACAAAUUCCUUAUGUUACAUUAAUGCGUCUUGUUGAUCAUUUAAAAUCAUUACCAUUUAUUCUUCAUUUAUUAAUUAAUGCAAUAUCGUCACCACCAUCAUCAUCAUCAUCAGCAACAUCAUCAACAACAUCAAAUCGAACAUUAAAAACAAAUAAUAUAUUUAAUUUAUCGUCAAUAAUAUCAUAUUAUCGUUUAAAAUCAUAUCAAUAUAUUGAUUUAUUAGGUUAUAUUAUAAUUAAAAAUAAAGAUAAUAAACGUACAAAUGAAUUUUUACCUAAAUUAGAAUUAAUGUUAAAAACAUAA